AUUAUUUUAGAAAAUUUAACUUACAAUAUCGAUAAGGAAUAAAUGAGAUGCUACAAUAUUAAUAAAAGUUGGCCGUGAUAUUUAAUAUUCAAAAAACUCUGAUGGGCACAGGAAAUUAUUCCAUUUCUUCAAUUUCUCAAAAUUGCCGCAUUGUUCCAAAGUAUCGAACAAAAAUGAUACAACUUCCUAGUAAUUCUUUAUUCUAUAGUAGACACGAAUACAAUGGCUUAUAAUGAAGGCGCUCGGUAAUGUCUGUGACCAUACAGUGUUGUAUACAUUUUUAAAAAAAAUCAUUUCAUUAAAUAAGAAAAUACUACUGUUUUCCGACGCGUUUAUUACCUUCUUUAAGAUAUCACGACUGCUAUAAAUAGACCAGUGAUGAGUACUUUUGAAUUUAACAUCAUCUGUAGUAAUUCACAAUCGAACCUUUCAUUGUUUUGUCACGGUCGGCCUUGGAGGCUGAUUUUUAUUUUCAUGGCGGACUCGUUUUUACCGGUUGUAAACAAAUUGGACCAACAUUAUUUGCUUUAAAAGUUCAAGUGUCGUACAAUGCAACGGCUCACAAUACCCUUGUUUGUAUUACGCCACUGUUAUACCAUAUCGACACGAGGGUAUUGAUUGUCGGUCCACAAAUAGCUCCGUCCAUUCCCUUUAGUUUACCCCCAACAACCGUGAUGGUCAGCUACCCUUCUCGUUAAAACGUGUCCCCCCUCAUCAGUACUGAUAAGUAACACGAUGGUAUUAUGAACACGUGUAACGUGCGCUAUUUUUAAUUUACAAUCAAGAAAAUAGAGCCAAUUAAAAUGAUACCGUAAUACUUGGAGAAUCAAGUUCCCAAACCUCCCUUUUUUCUGCUCCGUUGGUUAGAGAGCUAUGAUUCAUAUUCUUACAAUUAAACUGCUGAAAACGAUGUGUUUUUCGUGCUCCCUACUUCAUUGGCCAAAACGCCUUGCGGUCAAUUUGACCCCAGUAAACAACUUCCGGUAAACAAAGUAUAUAUCCAUUCAAAACUUCGCACGCCAUCUCUUAGCACAACCCCUUUGUCCUGCCUUCGUUGCAUAAAUAGCUUAUGUUGAUAAAUAUUACUUUUAUUUUAAUAUUGCAGUGGUCACUACCCAUUCCCAAAAGCAAGGAACUCUAAUGAAAGUGAUUAGAAAACUAGGUCACAUACGUCACAUGCGCAGCGCUUUAUGUAGUUAUUGUGCAAGAAGGUCAUUUCGAGUUCAUCCACUGCAAAUAACCGUAUAAGCGACGGCUAUCGGUUGGUCAGUUUUCAUUUAGCUCUGGUCAGUGGGAGGUUCUUGUGUGUGAAGUCUUUUAUCGGAAUUUACUUGACUGUAGAACAAACCAUCAAUAGGAACAGUUCGUCUUGACAUACUCAGUACAUUGCCGAAAUGGCAGACACGGCCUUGGACUUGUCUUCAAAGCCUGGGGUGGACCUUGAUCGAACCUCUAAAUUCAUCAGUAGGGCUUCCGCUCAUUCUAAUUCGGGAGGAUCAGGAAGAAAUUCCCCAGCCUCUUCAGUCCACUCGGACGGAAACGAAAGUGACAGUUCAACAAAGAACAGUGUAUUCGGACAUGAUACCAGAGGUUGCAAUCCCCCGGUCAGCUCGCUCGGUGAAAAUUCCAACAGUGCCUCCAUCAAAAGUGAGGAGGAUGCUGGUAGUUCAGAUAAACUAAAUUCUCCAAGUGUGUCGAGACCUUUUAAAAUGUACCCCAUGGAUCCUUUUUCAAUAUACAGUAUGGCUACCACUACACCUUCAUCACCUGUCUCCCCCACGGUUACCUCUCCAGCAGCGUUGGGGGUUCCCCCGUCUGUGUACGAGAAUUCCCCGGGAUUCCCGGGAUUCCCGUUAGCUCCGUUGACUUCUCAUUUAUUGCAACGAAAACGUCGGUCCGAAUCUCGACCGGAUGUGUUGGAUCCGAAAAAGACAAAACCCGUCCCAGAGGAAAAGAAAGAUGACGCUUAUUGGGAACGAAGACGGAAAAAUAAUGAAGCUGCGAAGCGUUCCCGGGACGCGCGGCGCCACAAGGAAGAGGAAAUCGCCAUGAGAGCUGCAUUUCUAGAACAAGAGAACCUCAAACUUCGUGCUCAGGUCGCCAUUCUGAAAAAUGAAACUGCAAAGUUGCACUACAUGUUGUAUAACCGAUUAUGAGAUUUGCUUGUUGAACCCGUUAUUAUGUAUUAUUUGUGGCAUUGAAGGUGCAAAAGAUAGAUGAAAGUGCUAGAUUUUUAAUCUGUGAAUCGGAUUAUUUUGUAACAGAUUGCAAUAUAAUGACACUGUUAACAGCGUUAAUCUUGACAGCAAAACCUUCCAUUUACACAUUGAAAAAAAGAAAGAAAAUCUAUGCAUUUGUGCAGAUUAAAUGAUUUAUAUCAGGCAAUACUCCCUGCAAAAAUGUUUGACGUAUCUAAGGUACGCUGAUUUUACAUCUACAAAACGAUAUGAUGCUGAUUUUUAAAGCUUUUAUUUUUCUUCAAACAUUGAUCAAAUGUUGAACUUGUAUUCGCUUAUUCAAUAGUCCUGUCUGAAUGUCGAGGAGUGGUCGUUUUGUGAGGAUGAUUUACUUGGAAAAUGUGCUGAUGUUUAGUGCUAUGAAUAAGGAGUGUGAAAUUGAGAGAGAAAUAUUUAUUGUCAUUUUUAUGUGCUUUUGUCUACACAACUUCGGCUGGGAUAAAAUCUCGGACAAUCUUUACUCUUGUCAAAGUUUACAAUCUAUUUUCUAUCAGAACAUCUUUAAGUAUACUAUAGUCAUUUAUGUAGUGACAUACUCAUUCAGGAAUUGUUAUAAUACAUGUACAUCUGUCACACAAAGAAUGCUUCUGUUUUUAUAUUUUUAUGAAAAUUGUUAAUAUUUUUUUCUAAACCCGGUAAAUCGUCAUUGGUCCGUAAGAUUCUAAUUCAUGCUUCAUGAGAAUUGAAAUUAAUAUCGAUGUAUUUCGACACACCAUGCAGUCCUUUUUGGUGUUACUUAUAUGAUAUGGGGGGAAAAAACAAUUUGUGUAUAUGUUUUGAAAUAUUGCAAUAUAGCAUGGGAAAAACUAGAGAAAUGGCAAAUUAUUUUGAGUUCAAAAUGUUUAUUUGAAGGGGAAAAAAUAAACGAUGUUCGGUAAUGAUCUCAAGUGAAAAUUUGAAAUCCACUUUAUUCAACCAAAGCUUCGUAUACUAAGAUAGGUAUAGUUUUAAUCUACAAACUGCUUAUGUUGGCACAGGUUAAUGAUUGAUAUACUCGGUUUUCAUCUGGUGCAUCCUUUUAAUUUUUUUUUCAUAUGUUCAUUAUCAGUGUUAUUUUAUCUCUACAAAAAUAAAGCUGAAUUCAACAA